UUUCCUGUCUGUUAGUCGAUGGCUUUGUUUGGUGCUGUACUUCUAAUGUCGUGCUAGACGGCAGAAGAUAGCAUCAUGUCUGUAGAAGAGAGAAGCUCGUCGCCUAAAGAGGCGGAAAUAGCUUUGGUUGCAGCUGUUUCUUUGACUGAUUUUGAUGAGGUUUCUUUGAGAAAAGGAGAAGUUGAAACUCGUCCUUUUCUACUGGAGGCACCUCAAGCCCUGCAUAUUGUCAUAUUAUUGGAAGAAUUUGUUGACAAGUUAGAAGUCCUGACGUCGGCAUAUAAAUCAAGGUACAUCGAUGUUCGAGCCAAGCAAUCAAUCAUAUUUGAGCACGCGAGAAAUCGGCGGUUUUUUAAAACAGGACGUAUAGGUCAAAUGAUAUCCAACGAGAACAAGAACUACUUGGUGAAACAACACUACGGCUCAAGUAUUCCAAGAAAACUUGUAUACGCUUUUAGAAAACAACCCUACACGGAGAUUGACUUAGAGACAUUUGCGAAAGAAAAGGGACAGAAAUUCGACUCAGAAGAUAGCAAACUUCAGUACGAUCGAGCGUUUUUUGAGCUGAUUAUUACGAAAACAAUGAACAACUUACUAAGGAAUAACUCCUACGAGUACUUGGCCCAGGUUGUUAACGAUGAAAAGGAUAAAAAAAUCCAUAUGCUAACAAUGUUUAAGAAGAUCAUAGACGACACGGCACGGAUCAAAUUCCUGAAGCAAGAAAAAAACCAAUUAAAGAAAGAAAAACUCAAAGAAAUCGACGCAUUGGAUGCCCAGAUUGUUCAAGUUAAAAACUCUAUCCUAGAAUUGCAGUUUAGAAAACCCCUUGAGGCUGAAUAUGUCAAAAACUUUGGCCGUGUGAUGGUCGAACGAGUGAGGAAAAUGUGCAGUAUAAACGAGGGCCAAAUGGCCGAGAAACUGAAGGCUGUCAAGGGGGCGAUGUUUAACGAGAUCUCGUGCCACGACAGCAUGAUGAAGAUUAUCAAGCGUCAGCAUCACAAGUUAAAGAAAGUUCUCAGCUUCUGGGUGGAGAAAUUCGAAAAAGACAAUUCAAGACUGCAGGCAGAACUGGACGAGCUCAAGACCGAGAGAGCCAAAGCGCUGGCGAGAAUAGCUUUCCUCAGAGAAAAGAUUGUAGACUAUCAGGAGAUUGUUGACGACGACAGACGUAUCAAGAAAAAAGCUGACGACUUACAAGAGAGGAAGAUCUUUGAGGGCAAGCGCGCCACAAGAAUACAAGCCUGGUGGCGCGGCACUAUGUGCCGAAACAACCUAGGGCCUUACAGGAACCUUUUCAAAGACCUGGUAUCCAAACAUAUCAAUAAGAAAAAAUAGACUGGAGCUCAGGGUCAAACAAUUCAAUCAUCCUGGUCUCAAAAUAUUUUUUUGCUAUUUAAAAUUUUUUUUUUAAAAAAGUAUACAUUAUUUUUAUAUGACGUUUACGAAAUAUCUACUUACUCUACUAAUUUAUUAAUUAUUUUUUUUUACUUUUUAUGACUUUUACAAUGACUUUACACUGACAGUUACUACAGAUUUUUAUAUGUGUAUACAAACUGUUUUUA